AGAAUUAUGUCCAUUUGUGUCAUUUGUAUACAAAGUGUUAAUGUGCUUUGAUCCAAGUUAGAACACUUGUGUAAGUGGGGAUUUCAGCAGAAUAAAUAAGGUUUCAUUUUUUGGUGAUAUAAUGGUAUGAAAAAAGUGAACAUCCCAUCCAGUGCCAGCCAUUAAAAAAAGAAGACCAUGGAGACCCGAAGAUCAACGGGGUCCUUGUCUUCCCUCUCUGGAUCGGGAACAUUUACCCCACCCAUGUCCCCCAGGGUGGAGAGUCCAAGGGCUGCCGCGGCAGUGGGGGAGAAACGCCAGGGGUCGGGAAAGGGCAUCCAGAUGCAGAUACAGCAACUUGCAAAUGAACAAGAAAGAGUCCAGAAGAAAACCUUCACCAACUGGAUGAACACUUACCUGAAACAGAAAAACAUGAAAGUAGAGAACUUAUUUGAAGACAUAAAAGAUGGAGUGUACCUGCUGUCUCUUCUAGAGGCUCUGUCUGGAGAAAAACUGCAAAUGGAACGAGGAAAACUGAAGCGAGUUCAUCAUGUCAGCAAUAUAUCUACAGCUCUCAAAUUCUUAGAGAUGAAAAAGAUUAAAUUGGUGAAUAUCAAUGUAUCUGACAUUGCUGAUGGAAAACCAUCCAUUGUUCUGGGAUUAAUAUGGACCAUAAUUCUGUACUUUCAAAUUGAAGACACAUUUGCUCAACAAGACCAGGACCCAGACAAACCUAUGUCAGCGUUGGAGAAAUUCCGUAUGAAUGCCAAGAAGGCACUUCUAGCCUGGACAGGGAAUGCAAUUACAAAGAAAUAUGGAAUUGAAAUCAAAGACUUCGGUAAAAGUUGGCGAGAUGGCUUAGCCUUUAACGCCAUUGUCCACACCAUCCGUCCAGAUCUGAUAGACUUUGAGAAUGUAAGGAAUCAGUCGGCCCGAGUCAAUCUAGAACAGGCUUUCUCCACGGCUGAGGAUCACUUGGGUAUUCCAAGACUCUUAGAUCCUGAGGAUGUUGAUGUUGAGAAACCUGAUGAAAAGUCUGUGAUGACAUAUGUGGCUCAGUUCCUGAAAGCUUACCCCGAGGCAGGGGAGGAUCCAGCUUUGGGACGAAGAAGUAAGGAUCCUGCUACGCAAGAGAUGAAUGACUACACUGACCUGAUGACCUGGUUAAGUACUGAGGCUGAAGAGGUCCUACAGAUUGUUGACCAACCUGUCACUGACCGACAACAGGAAUACAUGGACUAUUUGGCUUUUAAAGCUGAACUUGACAGAAGACAAGCUGUUUAUAAAAAAUUAGAGGAGAAAUGUCUGGCCAAAAAAGCCUUAAAAAUCACGGAACCAAUGUGGGCUGAACUGAAUUCCAAAUGGUGCAGUGCUGCCAGACGAACCAGAAUGUGGCUGUGGAAGUUAGAUGCCAGUCUUCCAGGGAAGUUGGGAAAGUUUGGAGAUUGGUUAAACCAGGGGGAGGAAGUGUUAGAGCAACAGCCAGAAAAUGCUGAAGACAGACUGGAUCUGGCACAACAGUUAGCUAAACUGCUGCAGGAAUCAGUGGAAUAUUUCAAAGAUGCAGAAUCUUGGAAAACAUUCUUUUAUCAAGUAAAGAAAGCUGGUAAAUACGAAGGAGAAUUCCUGAUUCAACCUCAGAUGGAAAGCUUAGCCAAUCGUCUGACAGCUCUACUGAAGGAAUAUCCGCGACGUGAGAAGCGUUUAGAAUAUGAGGAAUAUCAACAGAGGGUUAUGGCCCUUAGAGAGUCGGCAGAGGCUAAGCUGGGAGUCUGGAACGAGAAGCUGGGUCAACAGGAGGAGGUGGAACAGUUAUUAGAAGACUACCAUGACUUUGUCGAUGCUCAGCAGUUGUUAAACAAUUACAAUCAGUUAUCAACACAGCUGGACAAAAAGGCUGAAGUCUGGAGGAAAUCAGCAGGAAAAGAUGGUGAACAGCAAGUGGUGGAAUUUCUUAAAGAAGAAAGGACACAGUGGAAGAAUGUUUCAGAGGACAUUAAAAAUGUGUUACCAAAAUUAGAAGGUGCUUUAGAAAACUGGAAGCAGUAUAAUGCUAAUAUUGAAACAUUGACAGCUUUUAUAAAUGAAGGGGAAUCGGUGAUGUCCCGGUCUAAUGAAGAAAAACAGCAGCAUUUCAGUGAAAUCCCGGUCUAUCAAGAAAGACUUCAGCAGGUCACAGAUUCAGGGAAUUAUCUGAUCCAUGUCUGCCGUGAACCAGUGGCAGAGGAAAUAGAACAGACUCUAGCACUACUGAAUACGGAAUUUAGAAAUGUCACAGAGAGUUUCGAGGAAUUCAAAAAAGUGGAAAUUAUUGGAAAAGGAAGACAAGAGUAUGCAGAAGGCGUAGAAAGGCUUUCUGAAUGGUUGAAGAAUGCAGAGGAGUUGAUGAUGCAGCCAAUACCCUGUAUUCAUUCAAACCUAAAGGAUCAUUUACAGGACAUGACUCUGUGUGGGAAUCAAAUCCCAGAAAUGGAAAAUGAUUUCAAAACCACAACAAAAACUGCUCAAUCCCUAGUCAAGGACAGCGACCAGGAAGUGGUCAACGAAAUGCUACAGACUCUCAAUAUCCAAAAAGAGGUCAUAGUGAGACUGAGAAAAGAAAUUCCAGAGCGCAUUAAAUACCUCAAAGCCGUUCUUCCAAAUGUAGAGUCCCUGGAAACAGGCAUCUCUGAUCUGAAUAUUUGGUUAGAUAAAGGAGAAAAAAUACUCAGUAGUAACAAAAUGGAGGGCUCUCAGAAAGGUGCAGAGGAGAGGUUAGAAAAACAUAAGGCUUUCUUUCAAGAAACAACUUAUCAAAAAUCCAUUGUUGAAAGCAAGAACAAAGUUCAUCAAAAAGUGACCAGUACAAAGUCCAAGCUGAAGAAUGUAGAUUUCAGUCCAGUGGAUGAUCCCAUGUCUGCACUUAAUCAAAGAUUUCAGGAGUGUAUAGGAAGUGCCAAGGACUGGGAGAAGAACCUGGAGAACUUGUGUCGAUUAUGGAGGGUGUAUCAGCAGAAGGAGGCAGCUGUAGACGGCUGGUUACAGCAGGCCAGAGCCGUACUAGAUGACCAAGCUGACGAUCCCGAAACAUGCAUCCGUAAACACAAAAAGUUUUUUGAUAAAGUGGACCACAAGAUAAAAGACGAAUGUUUGAAGGCAGGUCAAGACAUUGUAAAUGUUCUAGAGAAAUGCGACCAAGUGGAAAUCCAGGAUCGAAUGUCGGAUGUAAACGAGAGAUGGAAGGCAAUACUUGCAGAAGCUCCAGUGUGCCUUCUGAAGCUGGAGUUCCUCCUGCCAGAAAUGAAUUUUGUGUCUAAUGUAGAAAAGGCUGAAAAGACAUUACAGCAGGAAAAGGCACAACUUCAACGAAAUGAAAAUGUGAAAGCAACACUGCAAAAACACAGACAAAUGUUCAAUGAAGGUCCAUUUAGACCCACUUGCAUCAAUUGUCUUGAGACAAUGCAGAAACUGGCAGUGGAUUUAAACAAGCUGGACCCUAAAGACCACAGUUUACAGGACCGAUAUGAAGAUAACAAAGCUCGCUGGGACAAACUUCAGACCAUCAUGGAUAGUGUUUGUUUAGAGCUAAAGCAACUCCCAGAACGAUGGAAGGAAUAUAAUCAAAAACUUGAUGACUUUGCCACAAAUGUUGCCACAAUCCAGGAUUUGAUGACACAGCUACAGAAGGAAGAUUUAACCAAUGAGGAAUACAAAGACUUACAAGCUAAAUAUCAAAGAGCUGUAAGAAACAUGGGUAAACUGUCAGAUGAUGCUAAGUGGCUACAAGAAAACUUAAAUGAACUACUUCAAGACAAUGGAGAGACUGACACAAAGAAUGAACAAAAACGCUUACAAGAUCUGUUGGCCAAAUUCUCUGGACUGCAGCCAGAUUUGAAUAGAGUGUCCGAGAAGUCGGCCAUUUUCUCUAAGGCCUAUGACUAUAGAGACAAUCUCGAGAAGCGCAGCCAUUGGUUGGACGAGACCCAGAGACUGGUCAGUGACGACCCAAGUAUUGACGGUCUGGAGGAUGCGAGGGCGUACCUACAGGAACAUGAGAAUAUCAUGAUGAAACUGGAUUCAGAGAAGCACAACAUUCAGGCCGACAUAGAAGCUGGCAAGCGGCUCCAGAGGGAAAAGAACGCACCAAAAUUUGUCGCCGAACAGGUCAAUGAGUUAGACAAGAAAUGGAAGGACACAAAUGACAAAGCCAGAGCUAAACAUGAAAAACUCAAGCAAAAAGUAAAGGAAUGGGAACAGUAUGAAACAGAGAAACAGAAUCUACUACAAUACUUAAAGGAAGCAGAGAAAGAGCUGGAAAAACCCCCAGCCACCACAGGACAGGAUGUGGCAGAAAAAGACCUCAAAGCUAAGAAGGAGCUACAAAAGAAGUUGAAUAAAUUAAAAAGCAGCUUAUCAGAUAUGCAGAAACUAAAUGAAGCUCUCUGCAGUGGUGCUAGCCAGGAAAGAAGAGGACCUCUCAAAGGAGAGAUGACGGACAUCGAUAAACGUCUCGAUGGUGUUUCUGUCAGACUUAAUGCCAAACUUAGUGACUUGGAAGCCACCAUUGCUAAGUGGACGGAAUAUUACAAGAGGCUUAAUCAUUUCUGUGAUUGGUUGAAUGAAAAAGAGGCUAAACUUAAUGAGGUCUAUGAAAACAAAUCUGAUUCUCCAGAGGAACAACUUCAAAAAGCAACAGCAAUAGCUGGAGAAGUGGCCGAUAACCACAUUACUUUGGAGACCUUGGAAAAAGAUGCCAGGGGGAUGUCCCAAAAUUUCCGCUCCAGAGAAACUUCAGCACUAAAAACCAAAUUAUCAAGUGUCCGAAGGCAAUGGGAAAAUUUGUGUUCUCGUGCCAAAGACAGGAGUUCUGCUCUAACUGGAAGUGUAGCCCACUGGCAGAUGUACCAAAAUCUGAAUCAGCAACUGAUGCCUUGGAUAGAGAAGGCAGAGAAAUACUGUGCGACUGAACUCCCUAAAUGUUCUUCUGUUGAGGAAGCUAAAGAUAUACAUGAACUCCAUCAGGCUUUCCUUCAUGAGUGUGAAGAGCAAUUUCCUGUGUUUGAGAAGUUAAACACAGAGGCAGGUUACCUAAUGGAUCAACCAAACAUGCAACGAGACAUAGAGGCCUUACAGAAACGCUGGAACAACAUCAUCAACAAUUCAGAAGAAAGAAGCCACAAAGCAGACAAAAUGUUUGGUGCAUGGUCUGCUUUUGAUCAAGAAAUCAACAAUUUUGAUGAGAUUUUGGAUAAAUUUCAGAAUAAGCUUGCUGAAGAACCAAAUGUGGCAUCAACUGAUGUUCAAGUUCUGGAGCAUGAGCUUGCACUCUGCAAGAAUUUACAAGAGGAGAUCAAAGGCCAGCAACCACAUCUUAAUGCUCUUCAAAGACAGUUUGAACAAGUCAAACAGCAUGCUUCACCAGAGGGAGCGAAAGCCCUGAAGUCAAAGCUGGAUUCUGUGAAAGCAGCAUAUGCUGAUAUAGCAGAGAAUGCUGCAGAGAGGCAGGCAGUAUUGUCAAAUGCUGUCAAACACAGGCAGCAGUUUUAUGGUCAACUCCAGGAUUUUGAGAAAUGGCUUAAAAAGUCACAACGUAAACUUGAUACUGGCAAUGAAAUAUACGCAGACGAGGUUCAGGAUAUGCAAUCAAAGUUAAAGGCUCUAAAGGAGGACAGUGAGGCUCAUGAACCAAUGUUCAGUCAGCUGACACAGGAAUUCAAGGAUCUAAUCCAGAAUUGUCCUGAAGAAGAGGCAGCCAUACUGAGGGAUCGCUACGAUCAUUUAAUGGCCAACUACAGCAAACUGGAUGAUCUGAUGAAAAACAGAGAAGAAAUCUGUGAAAACUGGUCCAAGUAUGCAGCAGACCACAAGGACACACAGACAAAAUUGAAACUGUUACAGAGUAAACUUGCCUCUCCUGACAUCCAGCAGGAAGAAGUGGAGAAAAUAAACAAAGAAGUGGCAGCUAUCCGAAAAGCCAUGUUACCAUGGAACAAGCAGGCCAAUAAGUUGGACGAUCAGAUGGGUGCGGCUCAUAUGGUCAUUAAGGACAGAGCUACACAACGAACACUGCACUUUAACUCAGAGCUGCAAAAUCUGGAAGCCAUGUGUGAUAGUGUGUGUGUCAAUGUUCAGACAAAGCAAGGACAUUUGUCAGAACUGUCUCAGCUGUGGGAGGAAUUCGCCAACAGAAAGGACAGUCUUCUUGCAGUGCUUCAGGAGCUUGCUGAGAGAGUGGGUGGAGCUGCAGUAAAUACCUCCAGUCUUCAGGGUGUCAAGGAACUUGUUAGAGAGACUGAGGAUGCCAGAGAUGAUCUGUACAGCCACAGUCAGGAGUACGAACAACUUCGAGAGCUCGGUCGCCAAAUCAUGCAGUCAGACACUACCAGGGGACCCACUGUCCAGGGUCAUUUGUCGGAAAUCAACAAGGCAUGGGAACAUCUCACCUCCUUAUUAGGAGAGAAGCAUCUUCAAUACAGUGGCACGGCCAAUCUCUGGCAACAGUACCUAGACGCCAAGCAGAAUGUGGGCCGUGUUUUGGAUGGAGUAGCACCACAAGUCAACCAAGAACUUAACUGCAAAUCUCAACCAGAUGUUAAGAGAAGCCUUGACCAGCACAAGAAUGCUGAAUUUGAAUUGCAUGCCAGCCAGUCACAGCUGGAUCAAAUGAAUACAAGAGGUCUUCAGCUGUUGGAGGAAUUGAAAAACGUACCCAACUUUGACGUAUCUGUUUUGGAGCAGGACCUGGAUGCUAUCAAUCACCAAUGGGAAUCCUCCAGUGAGGUGGUUGAACAGCACAAAGAAAACCUGGAAGCUCAGCUGAUCUGCUGGGAUCAGAUCCAGUCCGGAAAGGAGGAGGUGGAGUCCUGGCUUAAUACCAUGGUUACCAAGCUGGAUGACAGUCUCAACAACUUUGAGGAUGCAAUAAGUGUGGAAUCAUGUCUUGUGAAAUUCAAAGAUGAGUCUCCAUACUAUGCCGAUGUUUUGAGUGAAGUCAAGCAAAAGGUGCAAGAUUUGGAAGAACUAAACAACAACAAAGCCAUUCCAUCUCUGGUGGAAUCUCAAGAAGUUUUACAAGAGCAGUUUGACAGAGCCACAAACAUGGCCAGUCAGCUGGAAAAUGUCAUCGCCAAUUUCUCUGAUGAGAGGGAAAGGCUCCAGAAAGUCAUGGAGAAGGAGACAGAAUGGUUGAACCAGAUGAAGGACAAGCUUGGGAACUGUGAUGAUGUAUCAGGAACAGAUGCAGAUAUUGUCAAAAGACUUAAUCAUUGUAAAGAGAUCCAGAAAGAAUUAAAAGCCAGAGAUAAAAAUUUCAAGGCUCUAAUAGACAAAACUAAAUCACUACAAGACAAGUACCCAUCUGCAGAAACCCAGAAUCUGGCCAAAGAUGCUGUGGUAUUGAUGAAGAAAUUUGAAGCUGUACAGAACAGAGGGGACAAGAUAGCUGACCUGCUAGAGGCCUCCCUGGAGCAACACUGUCAGGAUGCUCAGGUUCAGGAGCAACGGUGGAUCAGUGCUGCUAAAGAAAAGGUGGCUUGGUGUGGAGACAUUGCUGGUGAUCGAUACAGCAUGGAAGCCAAGUUAGCCACAAUUAAAGACCUAAUGCAAAGUGUCAGUGAGGGAAAGAAGAAAAAGGAUUUGUCAGCAUCUAAAGUCGGUAUGGCUAAAUCUGUCCUCCCUCAUGACAAACAAGCAGAACUUGAAAAACAGAAAAAGAAAGCUGACAAGGACUGGAAUGAACUGAUGGACUUGAUAGAGAAGACACGAGAGAAGUUGGAGGGCUCUGUUGAUCAGCUGUCAGCAUAUGAUAGCAAGUAUGAAAAACUGACCAAAUGGCUGAAGGAUACUGAGGCAAAGGUCAGGAACGAGUCCACACUGAAACCAGAUCUUCCAAGUAAAGUGGACCAAUCAGAGCUCUUCACAGAAAUACACAUGGAUGUGGAGAAUCACAAACCAGAAUUUGACCAUCUGAGGAAUGAGGCCCAGAGUAUCUCUAAAACCAGUGGCGACCUCAGAGCAGCCACAUACGCUACACAGCUGUGUAAUCGCUACGAAACCUUAGCAGCCACAGUCAGGGAACAAGUGGAGCGUUGUGACCAGAAUGUGAAUGAUCAAGAGGACUACCAGCACAGGAUGAGAGCCUGCGAGGAGUGGCUUAAAUCUGUCCACCUAGAGCUGGAGGAGACCAACGACCGCCCGGCAGACCAGGAGACCCUCCAGUCCAAACUACAGGCUGUAGAAGACUUGAUGGAAAGCAAAGAUGAAGGACUUGGACUUUUCAAUGCUGCAUUGGAGUCUGGAGAGAAACUCUUCCCUAACACGUCCAAUGAUGGUCGAGAAUUGAUACGUCGUGAACUCAGAUCCCUGAGGGAAAAUUGGGAAUUAUUUAACGACAGUCUGAAUGACACCCAAAGAAGUCUCGAAAGCAGUCGCAUGCAGUGGUCAACGUUUGACGAAAACUACGAUCAGCUGUUGAAAUGGGUCACAGAUAUGGGUUGUCAGAUAGAGCAUGAUAAUGAAUUACGCAAUACACUUCAAGAAAAGAAAGCCAUGCUGCAGCAUUACCGGACAAGAUGUCAGGACAUCAUGUCCCAUCAAACUAUGAUUGACAGUGUCAGUGACAAAGGAACGGCCUUAUCUUCAGCUCAGGUCAAGGGCAAACUGAAGGAGCUGUCCAACAGCUACAAGGCUCUGUGUCAGACCGCUCAGGCUCAGGUGAAGACCGCAGAACACCAGGUAGAGCAGCACCAGAGCUACGCAGACCACUACCAACAAUGUAAAGACUGGAUCACCAUGGCCAAAGACAAACUCGCAGUUUGUAAUGAAGUCAGUGGUGAUAAACAAGCACUGCAGAAUCGACUGGACAGAGUUCAGGACCUUAAUGCCUCUUUGAAAGACGGUGAAAAGAAAGUCAAAACAACAGCCAGCCAAGCAGAGAAAACUCUACAAGAGACAGCACAUGCUGGACAAGAACAGAUCAGAAUAGACCUUGAGUGCCUAACUCAGGAGUUUGAAGGCCUUGUCUCUAAGUUGGGGGAUGCACAGACAUCUCUGACACAUGCAAUAGAAGCUUUACAAGCCUAUGAUAAAUCUUGUGAUGGCCUGAGCAAGUGGCUGAGAAACGUGGAACUUCAGAUCAAAGAACAAGAGCUGAAGUCCACUUGUCAAGAAAAGGAAGGCCAAGUCAACAAAUUCAAGCAUUUGCAAGAAGAAGUACAUGGCAAGCAUGAUGAAUUUGAGGACCUUCACAAAAUGGCAUCACAAGUUCAAGGGGCUGACACCCGAUUGGUCAGUUUAUGUACUCAACUAAAUACCCGGUAUCAGACAGCUAAAACUUCUCUAAGGGAUUUGAUCCACAAACUACAAGAUAACGUCCAUGCCCAUGAAGCCUACAAUGAGAACUUUUCUGAGUGCGCAGAAUGGGUCAACACAUUGGCAAGGCGUCUGCAAGUGUGUGCAGACAUGGCAGGGGACAAACAUGAUGUGGAGGACAGACUGGCCAAACUACAGGAACUCAUAAUUGAAAAAGAACAAGGUUCUUCAAAAAUACACUACACAAUUGAAAGUGGUGAGAAACUGUAUCCCACCACUGCUUCCGAGGGUCGGGACAUUAUACGACAAGAACUCAGGACCCUACGGGAGCAGUGGGAACAGGUGUGUGACCUCUUGUCAGACACUCAGCGAAAACUGGACUCCUGUCUGCUACAGUGGUCUUCUUAUGAUGAAAACUUCGAACAGUUCCAAAAAUGGCUACUGGAUACGGAAAUACAACUCAAAGAGGAUACUGACUUAAAAACGACACUGCCAGAUAAAAAAGCUCAACUACAAAAUCACAGGAUUUUACACCAAGAUGUCAUGUCGAGAAAGCACGUCCUGGAUAAUCUAGCUGACAAAGCAAAGAAUUUGAGCCACUCCACUCCCACGGCCAGGAUAAGUAAAUUUGUGGAUGAUCUUCAAAGCAAAUACAAAAAGCUGUGCAGUACAUCACAACAGAUGCUGGGGAAGUUUGAGGAGGGGGUGAAGGACCAUCAGCAGUACCAGGAUGUGUACCAGGACUUCCAGGAUUGGCUGAACUCGGCGAGAGAGAAAGUGGAGACGUGUUCAGAUACGUCAGGAGAUAAGCUGUCUCUACAGAACAAGUUAGAGAGACUCAGGGAAUGUCAAGAAAAAAUACCUGAUGGAGAGAAAAAGCUGAAGAAACUGAAGGAACUGGCCACAAAAUCUGCCACCAACUCCUCCCAGAGUGGCCGUGAAGUGUUGAAGCGAGAUUGCGAGCACUUAGAGUGCGACUGGGAGGAUUACCUGGCCCGAAUCUCACAAGCCGAGGAGGAUAUUACCACAGCCCUUCUCACAUGGGGAGACUUUGAGACUAAGUUCGCAGCAUGCUCUGCUUGGCUUAAGGAUAUGGAGGAACAAGUGAAAAACUAUGAACUGAAAAACACAUUAGAAGAAAAACAGGUCCAAAUCGAAAAAUUCAAGAAACAAAGAGAAGAAAUUUUAUCACAUCAACCGGAGAUUGACAGAUUUACUGAUGAUGCUCAGAACCUGAUGCACACAAGCUCAGAUGCUCGAUUGAGCACACAGGUGUCUCAUCUGACGAACCGCUACAGAGGUCUGCUCUCCUUAAUUAAGGACCUCAUUGGGAAAUGGGAAAAGUACGCCCAAGACCACCAUGCCUUUGACAAGAGGCUAGAAGAAUUUAAUGCCUGGCUUUCUAAUGCAGAAGUGAAGUUAGAAUGUUGUCAGGAACCAGCUGCUGACCAAGAAACCAUGGAGGAAAGACGAACCAUGAUUCAGCUAAUGAUGUCUGAGAAGGAACAUGGCCUUCAGAAGUUAAAUGCUACCGUGGAGGCCGGGGAGAAGUUGUACACAGACACCGCAGCCAGUGGGCGGGAGAAGGUCAGGCAGAGCCUGAGACAGGCCAAGGAAGACUGGGACCAGCUCAACAGCAACCUCCACGACGCUCAGCGUAGGGUCGACUCAUUCCUUAUGCAGUGGUCGUCGUAUGCGGACGGUCAGGAUCAACUGCACAAGUGGAUGAUGGACACAGAGCACUCACUACAGUCUGACGUAGACCUCAAAAACACACUGCAGGAGAAACGCUUGCAGUUACAGAAUUUCAGGUCUUUGCUACAAGACAUAACCUCUCAUCAGAGACUGGUGGAUUCGGUUGUGGAGAAAGCUCAGGGUGUUUUACAAACCACAAACAACUCGGAGGUUGCUGCUUUCAUCAGAGAGAUCAACUCCAGAUAUGAACACAUUACCACAACAGCAAAGGAGCAUAUCAAACAGUGUGACCAGAAUGUACAGGACCAUCAGCAAUAUCAUGAUGCCUCCCAGGCCAUGGUGGAUUGGCUAACCUUAAUGAAGGACAGACUAAGCAUGUGUGCUGACACCUCGGGUGACUGCCACACACUUCACAACAAACUGGACAGAGUCCAGGAACUUCUUGCCUUGCUCCCAGAGGGAUUGGCUAAAAUGAAAACUGCUGAAAACUCAGGUACCCGGUCCAAGGACACUACUGCUCUGCAAGGACGGCAGAACAUGCAACAGGAGAUGGACAUGUUGAAGUCCGACUGGGAAACGUACGCAAGUAAUGUCCGCUCUCUGAAGGAGAAUCUUGAGAGGGCCAUAAGACAGUGGGGGAAAUAUGACGACCAGCACGAAAGGAUCUCCUCCUGGAUCAGAGACAUGGAGAAAAAGGUCAAGGAUUUCCCCCUGAGGUCAACGCUGGAGGAAAAACAACAACAAUAUAGCAGAUAUCAGGAACUAGCAGUUGAAAUUCAUGGAUUCCAACACAACAUGGACGCUUUUGAGCAUUUGAAAGCUGAUAUGAUGUCUGACAUCAAGAGUCACCAACGAGAUGUGGAUAAAUUCAGUGAUGAAGCUCAAACUCUACAACAAAUGACAGGGGAGUCGCGAGUAGCCACAUCCAUUUCUCAGCUUGUCUCUAGAUACCAGACAAUUCAACAGGCAGUAAAGGACAUUCUGAAGAAAUGCGACCAGAAUGUUGCAGACCAUCGCCAUUAUAUAGACAAACAAUCUGACUGUGCCCAGUGGUUAAUUAGAGCCAAGGAGAAGUUUGGUGCCAAUGCUGACACGACUGGAAGCAGGGCAGAGCUGGAAGAUAAACUGGAUAAAAUUCAGGAAUUGGUGGCAGAGAGAGACACAGGAUUUGGAAAGUUAAGUUCAGCUGUCGAGGCAGGAGAAAAACUGUAUCCAAACACAGCGGCGGACGGUCGAGAGGUGAUCAGACAAGAACUAAGAGCUCUGAAACUCGGGUGGGAGAGUUUGUUCGAUGACCUCUCUGUGGCUCAGAGGAAGAUGGAGGUGGCUCUGGUACAGUGGACUUCCUUUGAUGACUCGUACGGACAGGUAGAACACUGGCUACGGGACAUGGAAUCUCAACUGGAAGGACAUACACCUCUUAGAUCAACACUGGAGGAGAAGAAAUCUCAACUGCAGAGCUACAAGGUGUUGCAUCAAGAUGUGUUGUCCUACCAACGAGUGAUAGACAGUGUCAGUGAUAAAGCACAGUCGCUGGUUCACAGUAGCAGUGAUCCACAACUAUCUAAAUUUGUCACUCAAGCACGAGCCAGAUACCAGAAACUCUGUACUGCUGCUAAGGAACACGUUCAUGACUACGAGCAGUAUGUAGCUGACCACCAACAAUAUAACGAUGCUUACAACAACUGUAUAGAAUGGCUUAACAACAUUCGGGAGAAGCUCUCUGUGUGUGCGGAUGUAGCUGGGGAUAGACACACCAUUCAGAGUCGACUGGAUAAAAUACAGGAUAUUGUUGCAACCAAAAUGGAAGGUGAACCCAAAGUGAGGAAUGUUCUAGAAUUGGCAGAAAAAGUCCUUCCAAACACUGCACCCCAAGGCAAAGACAUUGUCAUGAGGGAGACAGAUGCACUGCAUCAGGAUUGGGAAGCUUUUGUUAAUGCCCUUCAAAAGACAAAGAAUGAUCUGGAGAACUGCAUGGGUCAGUGGAAAGAGUUUGAGAGCUGGCAAGACAAGGUGUCAGCCUGGUUAAAGGACCUUGAGGCUCGUGUGAGAGACACAGAACUAAAAGCCACAUUGAGGGAAAAGCAGUCACAACUGGACAAACUGAAGUACCUCCACAGAGACCUCAUAGAUCACCAGGGUGACAUAGAUAGCCUAAGUGACAUAGCUCAGGAUCUUGUCCGUGUCAGCACAGACACACGUGUCAUCAGUCAGGCCUCACAGCUGGGCACCAAGUAUCAGGCUAUUUAUACUAAUGUCAAGGAGUUGUGCAGAAGAUGGGAGCAGUAUGUGCUUGAUCACCAAGCGUACAACUCUUCAUUUGAUCAGUGCAAGAACUGGCUGAGUGAAAUGAGAAAGAAGCUCCACCAUCUCUCUGAUACCAGUGGGGAUAGGAGAGUGAUACAGGACAGACUUGAGCUGGUCCAGGAACUUGUGUCUGAUAAAGAAGAAGGAUUACACAUGCUCCAAAUCUCUCUGGACAACCUUCAGAUUGUAUUACCAAACACGUCAGUAGCGGGUCGGGACACAAUGCGGCGCGAGAUGCAGGUCUUGCAGUCGGAAUAUGACAGUCUGUCUGCAGACAUUAAUGAUCUGAAGAGUAAAUUGGACAGCACCCUCACUCAGUGGACUGUCUAUGAUGACAGCAUCGAGCAGCUGAGUCGCUGGCUGAGGGAUCUCGAGGAUCAGCUAGAGGCAGAAAACCAGCUACAGAACACAUUACAAGAGAAGAAGUUACAGCUAGAGAGGGUCAAGGUGCAGCAGUUGAAUAUAGCCAGUCAGCAGAGCACCAUAGAUAACCUCAACGACAAGGCAGAAAACCUGAAGGCUACCAGCAAAGACCUCAACCUAGGCAAUCAAAUCAAACAGCUUGUCUUUAGAUAUGAAAAACUUCUAGACAAUGUCAAGAAAUUAAUGAGCAGAUGUGAGAAGAAUGUCAAAGAUCAUCAAGUUUACCGUGACACAUUCAUGGAUUCUAGUGACUGGCUGAGCUCCAUGGUGGAUCGUCUCAAUGUUUGUAGUGAUGUUAGAGGAGAUCGAACUGUGGUCGAAGCUCAACUCCAUAAACUACAGGAUGUAUUUGCAAAUAUGGACUCUGGUAAGGAAAAACUAGAACAAACUUUGGCAAAAAGUGACUUGGUUUUACCAGAAACUUCUCAACAAGGCCAGGAUCUGAUACGAGAAGAGCUCAGUAUGCUUACUACAGAAUUUGAUGGAUUUACACAGGACUGUGAUGAUCUACAAGACACCUUAGAGAAGUUACUGGCCGAGUGGCUGAGAUAUGAGGAUGAGUACGAGGAACUCAUUCAGUGGAUGAAGAACACAGAAAGCAGAAUGAAGGCUGAGUCUGAGCUUAAAGCCUCACUGGAGGAGAAGAAUAUUCAGUUUGGGAAGCAGAAUGCUGUACAAGAGGAGAUCCUCAGUAAACAGGAAGCCUUUGAUUCUCUGGCUGAGCGCGCUCAGACUCUCUUACAGUCCACCACAGACAAUCGAGUCACCUCACAGCUUACACAACUCAGCUCCAGAUAUACCAGUUUAAUUGCCUCUUCCAAGGACUUGCUAAAACGUUAUGAACAGCAUGCGAUGGAUCAUCAGCAGUAUGCAGAAGCAUACAGUGAUGCUGCCCGGUGGCUGCAGACUAACAAGGACCGUCUGUCUGUCUGUGCUGAUACUACUGGUGACAGAUACAAAAUCCAGGCACAGUUAGAAAAGCUACAGGAAUUUGUUGUGGUCAAAGAAGAAGGGCAGCUCCAAAUCCAUACAGCAAACACCUGGGGCGAGAAGACCAUGAACAACACAUCAAUGGAGGGUCGUGAAAUGAUCCGUAAAGAGCUGCAACAACUCCAGCAGGAGUGGGAUAGCAUGAUCUCAGAAGUCAUGGACACCAAGGUCAUGUUAGAAUCCUGUCUGCUCCAGUGGUCCGACUACAGCGACAGCUACGAGAAGAUCCAGAAAUGGCUGAGAGACAUGGAGAAAAGGCUGAGGGAAACUGAACCCAAAGCUGAUCUAGGAGAGAAAAAGUCAGAACUUCAGAGACUUAAGGGAAUCUACCAAGAUGUUGUGUCUUACGAGCCCAUGAUAGAGUCAGGAAGAGCUAAGGCAGAAGACCUGGCCUCCAAGAAUCCCAUCAGCAAAGCUACCACUGACACAUCACAGAUUCUGACAAAAUACCAGGCCAUCAAGGAUCAAGCCAUGGAUAUGUUGUCAAAAUCAGAACGCUGUGUUGCCCAGCAUCAGGCUUACCAUGACUCUUGUAACAGCUUUGUUCAUUGGCUGAGAGCUGCACGUGAAAAAUUGGCAACAUGUUCAGACACAUUUGGAGAGAAAUCAACUAUAAUGACAAAAAUUGAGCGAGCAAAGACUCUUGAAGCAGAUAUGGGAGAGGGCACCCAGAGACUGAAUGAUGCAACAAAAGCAGGGGAGAAUACUCUGUCUACCACUUCCCCCUCCGGCCAGACAAAGAUCCGCAUGGAAUUGGGCGUCAUGAAGAGGGAUUUUGAAGAGUAUCGUGCCAUGCUCACAGAGGCUCAAGAGGAUCUGGACAGGUGUCUCACUCGUUGGAACGAGUUUGAGGACAGUUAUAAUCAGUUCAAUAGCUGGCUCAAGGAGACUGAGACCUUCCUUAGAUCUGAUCUGGAUCUGAAGAAUAACUUAGAGGAGAAGAAAAAGCACUGGGAACAGUAUCAAAAUUAUAUGGAGGAGGUUCUCUCUCAUCAGAGUUCAUUGGAUCGAGUCAAUGAGAGAGCCCAAGCUCUACUGCAAACCAAUGCUGAUGCUAAAACAUCUCACGCUAUUACCCAAUUAACAACCAGAUACCACAGUGUUAUUAGCAUGUCAAAGGACAUUGUGAAAAAUUUGGAGAUUUUCUAUGAAAAUCAUUUGAACUACAACCAGAACUACACAGACUUCCAGGCAUGGCUAACUGAAACAAAACAGGCAUUGAAAAAUGUGCAUGACCUCUCUGGAACCAAAGACGAUGUUGGAGGAAAACUGGGCAAAAUUAUGGAUCUUCAAGCAGCUUUGGACCAAGGCCACGGCCAUCUUCGAAGUCUGCUUGAGAGUUCAGAGAGAACUUUACCCAACACUAGUCAGCGAGGGUGUCAGAUAAUUCGGCAAGAAACAGAGACUGCAAAGUCUGAGUAUGAAAACUUACUGACUGAUGUGUCGCAGGGCAAACGGAAUCUCGAAUCUGCACUCUCUCAGUGGGGAGACUUUGAUCGUUCUCAUGAACAGUUCUUAUCAUGGAUAUCUGAAGUGGAAAAGAAAUUAAAGCUGGAUCCUGAGCUACGAGUCGACUUGCCAGAGAAAAGAUCCAGCCUGGAAAAAUAUAGAGCUAUUCAAAGUGAUAUUUUGGGUCAUCAAGACACUUUGGACAAGUUAGAGGACAAGGCUGAUCAACUGAAAGAUCCAAGACCUCGCAGCUUAGUAGCAGAUCUGAAGUCUCGUUACACAAGACUAGGAGCUCAAGCCAGAGAGAUGGUGGAGCGCUUUGAUGAACAAGUUCAGGGACACGAAGAGUACAGACGGGCCUACAUAGCUUGCCUGGACUGGCUAGCUAAUAAUAGACACAGAUUACAAAGACUUAGUGAUUACUCUGGAGAUAAGAAGAUCUUGCAGGAUAGAUUACAGCAACUCAAGGACUUCAAAGGAGAAAUGAGGCAAGGACAAGAUAUGGUGAAUAAUGCCACUCAGCAAGGUGAGAGGGUCAUGACCUCUACGGCCCCUCGAGGUCAGGAGGCCAUCAUGAAGGAGAUCCAGAACCUCAAAGAGGACUGGAACACAUUCGCCUCCUCUGUUAAUGAAAUGGAGGCCAAUCUGGAAUCCUGCAUUGGGAACUGGGAUGAUCUAGAUGAAGAAUACCAAAGAUUUCUACAAUGGAUUGACAAAAUGGAGGGACGCAUUAAGGGACUCAUGGAAAACAAACCUGAUGAACAGCGCAAACAGCAACAGUUACUGGAAGGAGAAGACCUUUUUGAUGAGAUUCUAAAGAAAAAGGUGAACCUUGAAAACGUUAAAGAGCGCAGCGAUGCUGUGUGUCAUAGAAGUACUGAUCCACGAGUCACGAACAAUAUGAUGCAGCUGUCUGCCAAGUACCAAGGACUGGUAUCUCAGACAAAGACUUUGAUUCAGAAGCUGUCAGAGAAUGCCAGAGACCACAAGAUGUACAACAAUGCGUUUGAUGCUGCCGCCCAUUGGUUGGCAGACAUGGAUGAACGAGUCGUCGAAUGCAAUGACACAUGCGGGGACUGGCAUAACAUUCAGGAACGCAUGGAAGACAUCAAAGAUAUCACUGCCAGCAUGGACGAGGGAUUACAGAAGGUCAACCUGGUGUGUGACUUAGCAGAAAAAAUCUUGCCAAAUACAUCCUCAGAGGGAAAACGGUUGAUAGAGCAGCAGGUGACUGAACUGACAAACGAGUGGGAGAAACUAAACAUGGCUAUAUCUGAAUGUAGCUCCAUGUUGGAAGGAGUUCAGGACCGGUGGAAUGACUAUGAAGAAUAUUACGGUAGUUUGGUGAAGUGGCUGGCAGACAUGGAAAAUACACUCUAUGUUGAACCAGAACCCAAGGCUCAGUUGGUAGAAAAGAAAACACAGCUAGAUAAAUAUCGCCUGGUCCUUAGUGAUGUUGAAAAUCAUCAUCGCCUGGUCAAUGAAUUGGCUGAGAGAGUGGCGAACCUCGAAGCCUUGAGUGAAAACCCGGAGGUGUCUGAUUCCCUGGCAGAUGUCCAAAAACGAUAUGACAAGGUUCUAAACAGAGCAAGAGAUAUAGUGGCGAACCUGGAGAGAUCCUAUCACGAUCAUUUGGAUUUCCAUGAAUCUCAGCAAGAAAGUGAAAAAUGGUUGCUCCAGACUUCCUUCAAACUCAUGUCCCACAACUCGCUGAAUGUCAGCUCCAUGGAACUUACUCAAAGACAGAUUGAUAAGCAUAGGGCUCUGAUAGCAGACAUAGAGGAUUAUCGUAGGACCCUAGAUAACGUGAAUAAGAGAGGGCGUCAUUUAGUUGACGAAAAUAUCAGAGUCCCAAAACUCGCACAACAAAUACAAUCCCAACUUCAAAACUUGGAGGAGAGCUACCUUAAUUUACAGUCAACUGCGGAACAAAUUCGGGUAAGACUGGAUGAAGUAUUACAAAAGUGGUUCCAAUACAAAGGCCUGCUAGAGAGAGAUAAACAGUUUUUGAAUGAAGAAUUUCCACAGUGGGUUAAAGAGACGGACAAAAGUAUCCCAGACAAUCUCCAUGAUGCUCAGAGUAAACUAGAAACAGUCAGGGGUAUGUGGGAGAGACUGACAUCUAUGAAGCAGGAACAAGUAAUGGCUGCCCAUCAGUGCGAGAGUCUGGGUGGAAGUACUGAUAAUCAGGACAUGGCAGACCAGCCUGCCGAACAUUCCGUGGCUCAGCUAGCUGAAGCAGUCACAGAACUGGUACAGGAUGCCAUUGGAGAGACUGAAAGAAGGAUGAAUGAUAUCAGAGACAUAAUUCACCAGUGGGAGACCAUUGAUCGCACCAGGAAUGACCUGAGGAACUGGCUCCAUAGCAAGCAGGAAGAACUGCAUGAUUUGGAGAACAGACCCAGUAAACUCCAUGCUGAGGCAGCUGAGCUGGAGAUCGCAAAUCUUCAGACUCUUAGAGAAGAGGUUACAGCAAAGGGUCCAGAGAUAGAGAAAUUUGUCAAUAAUUACCGCGAUCUAACACAACACAAGCCGUCGUUAGUGGAUCCAGUGGUGCGGGCAGUGAGGGAUGAUUGGGAUGAGCUGUUGGGUCAGAUCGAGAACUUACUGGAAGAGAGAGAACAAGCCCUGCAGACAAGCCGAGAGUUACAAGAUGCCCAGAAUACCAUGGACAAUGACCUUGAAGAUUUUGUCAAAGAACUGGAGAAGAUUGAGGCUGCUGAGGCCAGCAUGACAGAUAAAGUCAAUCAGCUGAAGAAAUUAUCAGAAGAUGUAGAUAAGCAGAAAGAUUCCCUGGAUGGUUUACACAGUAAAGCUGGAAAACUCCUACCAAAGAUCAGUCCAAAUGACCAGAGUCUUGUGGAAGAUGGUCUGAGGUCAAGGGACAAAAGGCAUGGAGAACUUCAGUCAAGGAUUGAUAGAACAAAGAAGCAGUAUGAUGCUGUUUUUGGAAAUCUUUCGGAUAUCAAGGCAGAGGUUGACAAAUAUCUACUAUGGCUGACACAGCAAGAAAAGUCAAUGUCUGAGGAAGUGGCUCCAGGCACACAUAAUGAAAACACUGAAACAAGGCUGCAAAAAUUAAAGGGUCUUUGUGAUGAGUUGCAGUCCAAACAAGCAACAAUUGAAAUCGUGAAGGGAAAAGUGGAGGAGCUGCAGCGAGAUCUUCCCCAGUCAGAGAGGGAGGUGGUGGACCAAUGGGUUACGGAGGUCUGUGACCAGCACCACAAAGUGUACCACCUAGCCACCGACCAGCGGAAACUGUUAGCCAGCAGCGUGGAGCAGAGGGAUGUAUUUCACCACAAACUACAGCAGGUCUAUCAUUGGCUCCAGAGUAAGGAAAAAGAAGCCAAUAAGCUUCAGAGUUCUGCCAGUCUAGCCAGUCAAGAUGUGGAAAAACAAGUUGAAAGAUGUAGGGCAUUGCAAAAUGAGCUGACACUCUAUAAACCUCAAAUUGAAGAAUUGCAGAAAAGAGGAAAAAUGUUGCAUGUUGAUUGUACUCCAGAGGAAAAGACAGAGAUUGAUAAAAAGCUUUCUGAUGUAAACACUCGCUACUCAACAUUGGCAAAUGACCUUUCCACUUGUCAUAACUUCCUUCGUGAUGGUGUUACUAUCAGAAAGAACUUGGAAACUGAUCAGCAUAAGAUUGAUAAAUGGUGCAAAGAAACGGAGAUGAGAUGUGCUACGGAGCCUAAUUUGGACUCCGCUGUAGAAGUUUUAGAGGAACAGCUCACAUAUUACACGAAUCUAGAAAAGCAGUCAAAAAUGUUUGAAUCUCUGGUGAAGGUAACAGAAGAGACUGGAAGUUCUAUCAAAGGCCACCUUCCUGAAGACGAGAAAUUAAAACUUGAACAACAAAGUCACUCUGCCAAUGAAAAAUUCCAAAGGUGUGCAGAACUUAUUAUGAGCAGACAGCAGUGCCUGAAGGAAGCUUUGACCACACGAGCUGAAACUCAGGAAAGCAUUACAAAAGCUGCUGAUUGGAUGGACAAUAUUGAAAAAGAAUUCAAAAAGCUGCCAAAAGCCUCUGGAUUUGAUGUUGUGGAUGGCGAGAAAAUCCUAAAGCAGUGUGAAGCGAUUGGAGAAACCUUAUCAGUUUAUCAGCCAACCAUUACCCAGUUAAACCAAGAAUCGGAGAGACUUAGAAGCAGUGGUCAGAGUAGUGACGCUGAUAGUAUUCUGAAUAUUACCACCAAGUACGAGAUCCUACAAGACCAAGUCACGCAACAGAGGAAAAAGUACCACAAAGGAGUCACGCUGGGACAGCAGUACGAGACCCAGAAGAAAAAUUUAAAAACAUUUUUAUCCGAGGCUAAGGCCGAGUUGGAACAAGUGGACUCUCAAGACUUGACACAAAGAAUAAAAUCUCUUGAGGCUAUGACAGAAAGGUUAGUGGCGACAGACUCCGAACUUAUACAGCUCGAGAACAAAGUACGACAACUCAUCAUGGAAAAUCCCGGAGAAAAUGUCGGUUCCUUAAGGAAGGAGCACCAACAAGUGGUAGAAGAAGCUGACAUUCUUAAGAAAGCAGUGCAGAAAAAAUUGAAACAUUGUAAGGCCAUCCAGAAGAGUGUUGAAGAGUUUGAGUUUUUAACUGAAGAGGCUACAUCUUGGUUAGAACAGAAGGAGGAAGCAUUAGCUAACUGUGGAUCACUGGAUCUCGACACAGCCAUGAUAAACUCAUCUAUCCAUAAACAUCAGAACAUCGUGAAAGAGGCCAAUGAAAAACUAACCAAAUUAAAAGAGAAAGCACAGACUGAAACAGCACACUAUGACAAGCUGGGAGAGGCUGUUCCUGAACGAAUUGUUGAAAAACUGGAGCAGAUUGACAGCUUGGAAAAAACAUUAACAAGUGCUAUCGCAAAGAAGGAGCAGUACCUUAUUGCCGCUCAGGCAGACCGUGUUCAGUUUGACAACUCCAUGAAACAAAUUAAUGAUUGGUUGUCAGGGGCAGAAACUCUCACAGACUCGGGUUACGAUACCCUGGACUUUGAAAACUUAAACGACACUCUCACUGAACACCAGGAUUACUUCCAUGAAGCCAGCAUGUGUCAGGAUGAAAUGGAACAAGUCCAGGAACUCUCAGAAAGACUCCUUCCUACCCUGGAUAGCAAUGAUACUGAAACUCUGAGGCAAACACUGAAACACACCAAUCAAAGACUCAACACAGUGAUGGCAAAGUCAAACAGAAAGCAGGAGAUGCUGGAACAGAAAAGCAAGGAAUGGAAGGAUUUUCAGGAUGCAGUUAUGGCUCUUAAUGAGCAGUUUGUAACGCUGGAAGAAGCAUUUGCUAAAAAUGAAAAUAUUCCACUUGUUAACCAAUCAGCAGUGAAGGAUCAGCUGACGGCCACCAAGGAUCUUUCUGAGAAACUAGAGAAGGUUCAUCCAGAAGUGAAUGAAUUGCAUGAUAAAGCCCAUGAACUGGAGAGAGUUGCAAAUCUGUCAAGCUGCUCAGCAGUUUCCAAGUUAUCUAGUGAUUGCAACCAGCGAUGGCAAGAACUGGCCAGUGCAGCAGAAAGCAAGCAAAUGUCACUGUGCAACAUCAGUGAAAAUUGGGAGGACUUUACUAGUCUUGCAAGCAACCUGGACAAAGUGCUUUUGGAAGUUGAUGAAGGAGUACCUGAGGUAGACGUAGAAAAUUGUUCAACCUUAGAGCUCAACAAUCAAUUGAGAAACACAAAGGACUUAACAUGUAGGUUAGAGGCAUCUGAACCAAAAAUAACUGCCCUGAAAAGAUGUGCACAAACUCUAGAACAAAGUCUGCCUACCGCUGAGGGGAAGGUACAGAUUCAGGAAAAACUGUUUGAUGUCAUGGAGAAAGUAGAAAGAAUACAAGGCAGAGCUCAAGAAACACAAGCUGUAUUGGAGGAGGAGGUAGAAGACAGAGAGAAUUUCAACAAAGAUAUAACAGACGUCUUGUCUUGGUUGGCUGAAACUAAAAACGCAGUUACCACCCUUGAUUCUGGAAAGCAUUUGUCAGAUGUAACGGAGAAGGUGCAGGAACAAAAGGUGCUUCAGCAAGAAUUUGCAACUAAAGUGAAGCAACUUGAGCAGGGAAUGCAACGUCAGGAGAAAAAAUAUGCUUCCAUGAAUAAAACCUUGCCUUUUGAGAUGGUCCACCAGUUACAGGAUGUGCAAGAGCUACAGACCAGUGUUAUGGAAGUCAUGCAAAGCAAAGAAAAAGAGUUGCUACUGAUUCAGAGUGACAGACAGGAAGUGACAACAGCCUUAAAGGAAGUAGAAUCAUGGCUGAAUAAGAUUGAACCCCAAACACAGGAGCAAAUUAUCAACAUUUCAGAUAGCAAACAAAAACAUCAGCAAUUGUCACAAGAGUUUGAAACCUUCAAACCUGUCUUGGACCACCUGAGACAGAAAGGAAGUGAUCUCAUCAAACACUCAACAGAUCCAGUAGAAAAACAGACCGUGCAAAAGUCUCUCAAAGAUAUCAACCAGCAGUGGCUAAAUCUUCAAGCAAAAUUCGCUAAAAGAGGUGGAGAGUUGAACGAAGCUGAGAAGCUUUCCAGGGAUUUUCAAAACACGGCACAUUCCGUACAAGAGUGGUUGAAUUCUGCUAAAAAUGUUAUGAGUACUUCAGAGGAUAGCGGAAUAAAAGAACGCAUGAAAUUGUACUUGAAACUAUCAAAAGAAAGUGACCAGAACCAAAACAAAGUGGACUAUUUAGGCAGCAUCUUCAGACAGAUGGAACCAAUAUGUGAUACAAGCAGAGAAAGGGAUAAACUUGCCAGGAUAAAUCAGCAAAUGUUUAAAAUACACACAGAUGUAAAGGACAAACUUGGAGUUCUAGAAGAUUCUGUAGGUCACUUGGAAGAAUGCGAGAGGGACCUCAGAGAUCUGAGGAGGUGGAUGGAGGAGACUCGAUCACAUUUACCUGUGAGGAAUUCAAGUACUUGUCUGAGGGAACAGUUAGCUCAACAGGAGAGAAUGUUGGCAGACAUUGAAAUUCAUAGAGAAAAAGCUCAGGAGAUAUUGGAACAGAGUUCUGGUGUACUGUCCUCCAGCGGUGAUCUAUCAAAGCACCCUGAUAUAUCACUUUUAGCCGAGAUAGAUGAACUCCAACAGGAGGCAAGUGAUCGAUGCAGGAGGCUACGGGAGGCUGCGAAUCAACAAGAACAGUUUGAGACAGAAGUCCAGUCCCUGACUGCAGAAAUUUAUGAGGCUCAAGACAAACUUUUGUCCUCCCCUGUACAAGGCACUGAUAUGGGCUCACUGAAAAAACAGAUUUCUGAACAUAAUGCUUUAGCAGCUCAGAUUAAACAGUACCAAGAUAGAAUUUACAACAUCAAUGAAAAGAGUAAAAGGCUUAUGGCGAAAAGUGAACCGGAUUUUCCCAGUAGACUUCCUGACCAGGAUCUCCUGAGCUCCAGUUCCUCUAUGCGGAUUCCUGUACACUCUGAUUCUGACCACCCCGACAGCGGUGUCUUCCUUACACCUCGAAGUCUUACCACAACUACCACUCCUUCUUUCCCUGAAGAUCUACACAGACAAACAGGAAAAGCAUGGAAAAGUAGUCCUCUGCUGUUUCCUGCAGGACAGCUUUCCCCACUUUCUGCUCGUAGAAUGGCUGAGCGAUCAAGUGAUACAAUUCAUGGUAUCGGCUCCGCGGAUGUUUUCGACGGGUCAAAGAUGGAGAGGGAUCCACCGAGACUAAGUCAAGAGAAUUUUUCGAACCUUCUAAGCAAACAGAGUGAACGUGGAUUAAACAGAUCAGUUCCCUCUGUUCAGAAAGUGAGAAGCAGAUCUCCUUCUCCAACAGCUCUGUGUGAUGACGAACUGAUCCAGCCUAAAAAGUACAGCGCUCCGCAAAUGUUGUCACUGAGUCCGAGACAGUUCAAACGUCAGAAACGAGAAAAAGUCACAGCAAGGCAGCCUAUCAAAGCUACUCUAAAAGCUUUGGAUCCAGUUACGGGUGUAUCUACCAGUGUGCCUAAUUUGCUCGCUGCUCAUCUUGAACUGCCUAGAGAACGCAGUGCAUCUUUCGAUUCUAAAGCCAGGCCAUUGCUUGUUGGCCAUUCUUCUGGUACUAGAGAUUCUAAGUUGGCUGAACUUAAUUCAUCAUGGAAUACACUGCAGAUGCAGCUUGGUAGCAAAGAACAACAACUUCUAAGUGCUCUACAAAAUCAGAAACAAUUCCAGGAAGCUGUCAAAGACGUGAAUGCACAGAUUGACAGAUUACAUAUCAGUAUCUGUGGAGAGAUGGGUGUAACUUCUGAUGUGGACAAACACAUUGCUGACUUUCAGCAAAUUCUACAUAGUAUUGAUGAAGUAAAAGGGGACAUAAUCCACCUUCGAGAGCAAGGUAGACAUCUUGUAGAUCCAUCUGACAAAGAUGGCUUACAGACUAUGCAGUCAACUCUAACCAUACUCUCUGACAGGGUGGAAAAUCUACAGACUUUGGCUGACAUAAAAGGCAACCAACUACAAGGUCUUCAAAGAGAUUUAAAAAGUCAAGAGGCAGCAUUUAAAAGAAUCCAUGUGCAAGGAAAACCCCUUUUGCAACAUGGUGAUGAAAAAGGUCAGGAAGAAGUCAGUGCCAAAAUUGACAUGUUACAAACACUGUGUAUGGGACUGGUUAAUUCAAUUGAAAGGAAAUGUACCAGACUUGAACGUGUUCUUCAUGAAUGGCAGGAUUGUGAGAAAAAGUUGGAAGAACUCCUUCUGUGGCUCAAAGACAUAAGGACAGAAUUUUCUAGGGAACUGCCUAUUGGAUAUGAUCAGUUACAAGCAGAAUAUCAGAAAUGUGUGGAUAUAGAAGUAAGUUUUCAGAUGUCUGAGAUUCAACGGCAAUCUCUGUUGGAGAUGGAGAUAAGACUGAGCAGUAUCAUCCAAACAGAGGAUUUAAAUAUUCUACAUCAACGAAUUCUCCUCCUAAAUAAACAGUGGGAUGAGCUGCAAAACCAAGCAUCCCAGCGAAAAAUGCAGAUUCAAAGCAGUAUAUGUCAUUGGGCAAGUUUCAGUGAUAAAGUGUCCAGUUUCCAUAAGUGGAUAGACAAUAUGGAGUAUAAAGUCAUCACAAACAAAGAAUACCAUAUAGAGGACUUACUUCAAAAAUUCUCAAAGGAGUACAAAGCAGAAAUGUCAGCCAAAGAGCAGUACAAAGACAAACUUCUGGAGGAAGGACAAGAACUACUGAAGAUCAGUAGUGAACUACAGAGACCAGGCAUAGAGAGUCAAAUACAAAAGACGGAAGAUAAAUGGAAUCACCUGAAGAAAACCCUGAAAUUCAGGAAGCGGAAAUUGGAGGAGACUCUUCUGGCUGUUAGACAGCUAGAUACCAGUAUGGCAAACCUGAGGAAAUGGCUGGCAAAUAUAGAACAUGAUUUGUGUUCACCUCUGUUUUUCAUGGAAUCUGAUGACAGAGAAAUGAAAUCAAAACUGCAAUGUCAAAAGGAACUACAGAAAGAUGUGGAGUUGCACAGUGCAGGAGUGGGCAGUGUGCUCAAUCUAUGUGAAGUUCUGCUGCAUGACUCUGAUGCUUGUCCCACAGAAAUUGAAUUCAGUGCACUACAAACAGCGAUGAAGAAUUUGGAUCGCCGUUGGAGACAUAUUUGUCAGUCUUGUCCAGAAAGAAGAUUAUGGAUUGAGGAUACUUGGAAUACAUGGGAAAAGCUCAGAGCAGAUUGUGAUUAUUUUGAAAGUUGGCUCAAUGAUAUCGAGCUAGAGGUGGAGGCAUCCACUUCAGAUGAUUUGAAUGUUAGUUUUUCCAAGGAUGAGAUUGAACAUUUUGAGCAACUCCAAAGAGAAAUUCAUGGAAAAUUCAAUGAACUGGAACAACUUAAUAAAGUAUACAGAAAAUUAGCACGUGAAGGUAGGACAGAUCAUGCCGGUUCUCUCAAGUCGAUAAUCCACCACUGUAACACAGAAUGGGAUAGACUACAGCAAAAAGUUUCAGCCAUUACGACAAGUCUCAAACAGUCAGCGACAGUGUCUGAAGACUUCCAAAACAAGAAGGAUCAGAUGUACAAAUGGCUGACUGAUGUUGAAGUCAGGAUUACAGACUUAGAACAUUUGUCACCAAUGAACAUUCCAGCUAAAAUGGCAGAAAUAAAGAGAUUAAAGAGUGAAAUAGAUAUCAAAGAAUCAACCAUGGUCCACAUUGACUCCCUAGCAUUACAUUUAAUCAAGAAAGGGGACAUGAGAGAUGCCAGCCAAACACAAAAAGAGGCAGAAGAACUAAAGAACUACUUAAGAGCUGUUAAGGACAGGAUUUAUCAGUUUAGUAGGAAUCUAGAAGCCUCAAAUGCCCAGCAGAUUGAAAAAGUUCAUCCUGGACUGCAUUCCAAUGAUGAAUUAGACAUGUUGGAACUACAGUUGAAGUCUGAUGUGCCAUACUCCACAGCUCUCUUAUCAGACACAAUGCAUGACAUAGAGGAAUAUCUGGAUUCCUCUCCUCCCGAGAGCCCCCCAGAAAAACGGAGGGUUUCCACACAAGGAAUUCUGCACAUGAAACCAUCUCAAACAAGUAGACCAUCUCCCCCAAGAUCAAGGUCAAGAACACCAGUUGACUUGUUGCCCUCUAAAAGGUCCAGGUCUCCAUUUUCAGGGUCCUCCACAAGAGUCAAGCCAUCAAAGUCUGCCAUUGCAUCUAGAGAAGAAAUUUUGAGGGAGUUCACUGAAGAUGCACCCAUGAAUCUGAAUGCCAAAAUAGAAGCACUCAUGGGACAAAUGGUGGAUGCUCUAGAUUUAGCAAAACAGCAACUAAGACAGCUGGAGGCAGAGGUGCACAUCUCCAGCCCAAGGGUCCCUGAUCUGGGCAGAAGUUCUGGAGACUAUAUGCCACUAGUAAAUGAAUGUGAACAGAGGAUAAAUGAAGUUAAAACUCUGGAUCGUCUCAUUAAAUCAGAGACUGGAUUCUCUAACAUCAGCAGCAUAGACAGAGAAGUUGAAGAUGUUAAGGACAGAUGGGAAGUGCUUCAAGCAAUGGUCUUUGAAAAAGAUCAGAAGUUGGCACAGCACAAAAGGGAAUGGAGGCAAUUUAUGGCUGACAUUGACAACAUGCAGAUCUGGUUAGAUGAAGUGAAUACAAAGCAGAACCAACUGCGAUCAUUUCAAGGAGGAAUCGCCAAUUUAGAUUUUAUUGUCAAGCAUCACAGGGACUUUUUAAUGCAACUUGAAUCCAAAAAAGCCAGAGUUCAGUCAUUAAAUCUUCUUGGAAGAGAUUUCAUUGACCUCAGUACUAAGGAUGGAAGAAGUACACAUGACAAGCUAAAGAAAAUAAAUUAUCAGUGGGAUAAACUGUGUUCCAAAGUGAUUGUCAUACAAAGGGAACUACAGGAGGCUCUGAUGCGAUGUCAGGAAUUCCAUCACACCAUUCAUGAUUUACUUCUGUGGUUAGAAAGUGUAGAGAAUAAGCUACAGCAAUGUGAACCUAUCAACUUAUCUGUAGAUGAGACUGCUAUGUGGUCUAAACUUAGGAAACUUACUGUUUUGAAAGCUGAUUUAGAAAGCAACAAAGAUAGAAUAUUUUCACUGAAAGAAACUGCUGACAAGCUCCUCAUCAACUCAGAUUCUGUGGAAAUGAUCAACGCCCAUGACAAAAUGCACAUCAUUGCUAACAGACAUAAUGCACUGAUGAAACUUUGCUCAUCAUAUACAUCUAGUUUGGAAGAUGUGCUAAAAGCUCCAAAGACAUCUAUACGAAGUCUGCAGUUAACAUCACCGAGCAACCUCCUGCAACAUGGAGACAGAAACAAUACAAGGACACCUACUGAGAGAUACCUCAACAGAACUCUGAUGGUGGCCGUUCCGCUUCAGUGCCUCUUCCUGUUCAUGCUUGGGUUGGCUAGUCUUGUUCCGGUCUGUGAGGAUGAUUACAGUUGUGAUCUGAUUAACAAUUUUGCCAGGUCAUUAGGACCUCUGUUACGUUACCUCGACGGACCUCCACCUGUGUGAAUAGUUCAGAUAUUGUGAUAUCACUAUAGUGAAAAUUGUUGUUUUUGAUGUUUUAUAGCUUAUUAGAUUUUUUUAUGUACAUAUGUAUAUUUGGACAGUAUUUAAGAUCCUCACACUUACAUAUUUGCAUUCAUGUUUAUUUUUAAAAGACGUUUUUUGAUAAAAAAAAAAUGAUGUUUUUGUAAGGAAGUGUAUAGAAAUUCAGAU